UUUGCAUCUCAAGUGCUUAUUUCUUUCGUCAUCUUUUUGAUAUCCUGAGAUGAAGAAAUGUGAUUAAAUGUGAAUGAUUUGGGUAAGAUAUUGUUAAGAUAAGCUGAAAAUUCAUUUGCAACAUACUAGUUAUUUUCCUCAGAACAUGUUUCCAGUGUUUUGCUAUCGCUUCCCCUUUGUGUUGUCUUUUGUUACAAGGAGCCAUAUUCACUGAAGGCAGCAUGACACGGCCAUCAUGGUGGCUGAGGGUUUAUUAUCGCGGUUUUAAAUUUAGUUUAUACCUCAGAAAGGUUUUGUGUGUCCCAUGGUGCUCUGUCUACUUGCAAACCCCUCAUUUCAGAUGUUCAAGCUGCUAUUUAAAGUGAUUGCAUUGACUGAGGAGCUUUUGGCUACUGCAAAACAAGCCGAGGCUACACAGCAUGAUUCAGAUGUUCGUUUUGAUGGAACCUCUGAAUCCAAAUUGGAAUCAAACGAGCAUUCCCUAUCUCAUAAGUUCUCUGUCGGGACCAAAGUCCAAGCUGUGUGGAGUGAAGAUGGGGAAUGGUAUGAUGCGACGAUUGAAUCUCUCACUCCAAAUGGGUACUAUGUUUACUAUGAUGAGUGGGGCAACAAGGAGGAGGUUGAUCCGGAUAAUGUCAGGCCAAUCCAAGAGGGAGUAGUUGAUGCUUUGGAAGAAGCUGAGAAAGAAGCUGAAGCUACCAGGCAAGCCAUUAAAAGGAAAAUUGCACAAGCUGCGGUCACCGAUUUCCAAAUGCGUUCCUUACCUGCUAAACUCCGUAUUGAACCCAAUGAUCCCGAUGAUCUGAAAGCUGCCAAGCGCAAGAAGAUACAUGCUUUCAAGUCAAAGCUUCGCUUUGAACAACUCGAAGUGGUGCAAAAUAAACGGCAGAAUGCCUGGCAGCAGUUCCAAACUACCAAGGGAAAAGCUAAGAAGGUUGGGUUCUUUUCGGGCCGAAAGAGGGAGAGCAUAUUCAAGUCCCCCGACGACCCGAAGGGGAAGGUCGGGGUCACCGGAAGCGGGAAGGGAUUAACGGAGUUCCAAAGGCGGGAAAAGCACCUGCACCUGAAGGGUAGUUCAGCAGAUGCACUUGAUACAGAGGAGUAGAUAAAUCCAGAGAAGAGCCAUUGAGUGUUCUUUAACACCCCUCUUGUUAGAGUUGCCUUAGGAGGUGUGGCAUGCUACAAUGGAUGUUACAUAUGUUUGAAUUGUGUACAAUUUGUUGCGGUGAAUCUUUAACUACUCAAAUAGAUCAGCUGGUCUUUCGUUUUCUCACCUUUUCGUCUCGCCGUCCCCGUUGUUUUACUAAAAAUUGAUGAAAUAUUAAGGUCUUGUUCGGUGUCA